UAUCUCUCCUUCGGUCUGUGAGCCUUCCAUGAUUCGCAGAUUGACCGUCAGGCCGCAGAAGAAACUCCCAGGAAGCAGGAUACGGUCUGCUGUCUAAUGAACAUUAAGAGUUAUCUAUUACGCAGAAGACGACCCUGGCCAGCCACUGGACUCCGCUUCUCAUGACGGCUCCCGGGACUAGACUAUAUGAUACCUCAUUAAGGGCUCCUCUCUGACUCCAUCUGGCUGGGACUGGUCCACGCCCAUAGCCACUAGCUUGCCGAUGUACCGCACCUAUCUCAUGCACGGGUCCGAGCUAUCUAAUUCGAAUCGCCCGGUUGCUGGCCAGUGCUGCGGGUGAUGAUAGUUCCGGACUUCCGGGACGUCGGUCUAGUUCCGACCCACCAUACGAUUUCUGUCUCGGCCGAUCUUGUUCAGGGCCCGGUGGACAGGCUCUAUGGCGACAUGUUAACGAUCUACUAUUUACCAUCUUUGGAAGAUUUGACCCGCCCAGUCACCCCCCUACGUCCGUUUACGUACAGAAGAGUGAUCGUCUAUCAUAGCAUGGUACAGAUUAUAUACAGAUAUAGUAUAUACAGAAAUAAUGGUCAUGACGUAUACAUGGCUCAGAGUGACAAGACUCCGGUCCGGGCAGCCGUGUGGGCAACUCAGCCAUCACUGCAGCCACAUUUCCCAAAUUCCGGGCAUUUGGCUGUACAAUGCGCGGGAAACCUGCUUGGUGGCGAGCCCUUUAACAGGGUGAAAGUCUUUCUCGGAAGACUGAAACCCGAUUGCAGUAUCGGUGUAGCCCUGGUGUGAGAUAUAUCACGGCUUGAGAUCGUAUAUACAUGCAGCAGAGAUUUGCAGCACAGAGACAAUUCGAAUGUUAGGAAGGCCGCUCUAUUUCCGACGAGGUGACAUGCUGACUUCG